AUGAUGAAGCACGUAGUGUACAUCUUGGCUCUAUUUGCCGUUGCAUUCGCGGAGGAUCACUUAAUCAACAGAGUUAAAGGAGGACGUUUCGCGGCUCCUGGUGAAUUGCCGUACCAAGUUUCCGUAUGGCAUUACGGCAGACACAUCUGUGGAGGAGCUCUGAUUACAACAAAGCACGUAGCUACAUCAGCGAGCUGCGUGCUUAAUUUCAUUAGAAAUCCCCCGACGGCUGUCACCUUACAAGUUCUCGUAGGCACCACUGAUCAGACGAAAGGGGGAAUUUUACACUACGUAGCUAAAAUCGCCGCUCAUCCUGAAUACCGAUGGAGCUACGAAUGGGCAUCAUACGAAAACGACAUUGUUGUACUUCAUUUGGCCAAUCACGUGACCGAAACGGACUUUGUCAAGCGAAUCAAGCUUCCUAACGUCAUUGAAAUACCACCAAAUAGCGAUGUAGUUUUCUCUGGCUGGGGCGGCAUGAGCCCUAACUCGUACCCCGUGCCUUACCUCAUGAAAGCCAACCUUCGUUACAUUAGUACCGAGGAAUGCCAACGUUACUACCCAGAAAUGAAGAUUAAGAAUUACCAACUCUGCACUGCACCUAAUUUCUAUGUUGGCGCGUGCUCGACUGAUGUUGGAGGUCCUCUUGUGUACAACGGUACAUUGGUUGGCGUUGGCACUGGACUGCUUGGAUGCGGCACUGUACGCCCCGAUGUCUUCACUAAAGUCUCCUACUACCUGCAAUUCAUCAUUACGGAAAUAUCAUCGUAA